CGCACAGGUCGAGCAUGGAGCGCUUCUCUUCUUCGGGAGUAGCGCGUCUGAAACCAGGAGCAUUUCGUGUCCCCCGAAGCGACCGGAGGGCUUCACGUAUGACUUGUUUCUUACGAAAGAGCGGAUUAUGACACAAGAAAGAAGAAGUUGGGAGACGUGUCAAGGAAAACCAAACAUUCGUGGCGCUGUUAAAGCCGUCACCAUCGUUGGACAGUGAACAAUGCAUGACCUGACUGCCCAAGUCACCAGCAGCCUGCUGCCUUUCCCUGGAGUGACUGUAGAUGCUCUAGGGGAGGAUGACAUUGCUCUAGACUCGGUUCUUCAAGGGAACUUCACUGUUGGUCGCAGCGGCCUGGCCUGGCUAGUCUGUGGCCCCCAUCUGGAGGUUGUCCAUGCAGUGACAGGAGAACGGCUGUCGGCCUACUGCUUCAGUGGCGGAGGGGAGCAGCCACCCACUGUCCUUGCUGCCAGGGACUUCAGCUGGCUCAAACGGUCUGGCCUGCUGGUUGGCUUGGAGGAAGCAGAGUGUAAUUUGCUGUGUCUCUAUGAUUUGGGACUGUCGAGGGUGGUCAAAGCUGUGGUCAUACCUGGCAGGAUUACAGCCAUUGAGCCAUUGGUGAGUUAUGGUGGAGCAAGCACUUCGACACAGCACCUCCACCAGAGUUUGCGCUGGUUCUUUGGCAUCGCUGCUGUAGUGACAGAUGUCGGUCAUGUUCUGCUUGUGGACCUCUGUCUCGAUGACCUGUCCUGCAGCCAGAGUGAACUGGAGGCUUCAGCCCUGCAGGUAGUGACCAAAUCUCCUGCUGAGAUCCCCAGACUCAGAGAAGUCAGCACCAGGCAAGGCAGACAUCUUUGUCUCCAGCUGAAUGGGCCCAGUGGAGUGGGAGCAACAGCUCUGCAGUACAUAUCCAGGACCAAUCAGUUGGCAGUUGGAUUUUCUAAUGGAUACUUACAGCUGUGGAACAUGAAGACACUUAAGAAAGAAUACAACUCCCUGCUAGAAGGUGGCGGUGUGGCUGUGUAUGCCUUCACCUUUCAGGAGCCAGAGAAUGACCCCAGGAACUGCUGCUACCUCUGGGCAGUCCAGUCGUCUCAGGACCUCGAAGGGGAUACUGUCACCCUCCGUCUGCUUCAGCUGGCCUUCAGUGAACGGAAGUGUCUGCCUUCUGGCAAGAUCCUCUAUGAGGGUCUGGAGUACUGCGAGGAACGCUACAGUCAGGAGUUAAGUGGCGCAGCUUUCCCUCUCAGGGCUCAGACCACAAACACCCGUCUGCUGAGCUGCCAGACCAUCGAGAAAUUCCGACCCCACCCUGACAGGGAUGACAGCAUGAACGAAGUUGCAUCUCCAGACACCAGUGUUUCUAUCUUCAGCUGGCAAGUCAAAGCCUAUGGUCAGGGAAAUCUAUCGACCUACAUUGGGUUAUUUGACAUCAAUCGGUGGUACCACGCACAAAUGCCGGAUUCUUUAAGAAUCGGAGAGUCUCUGCAAAACUGUCCCUACUUGGCAGUUUGGUCUCUGGACCCAGUGGUGAAGAUGGUGUCCCCACACGCUCUUCUGGAUGUGGUAGUACAUGACCGCAGCUUAAGCAGGGGUCUGCCCUUCACAUGUCCCCCACCAGAACAAUAUUUUAACCCCACUACGUACAACUUUGAUGCUACCUGCUUGCUCAACUCUGGGAUCGUUCACUUAACCUGCUCUGGGUAUCAGAAAGAGACUCUGAGCUUUUUAAAGAAAGCUGCUCCUUGUUCCAGUGAUUCCAUCUCCACUAGCUACUCUCGCUGCCUCAUGUCUGGCCUACUCUCCGCUCGCCUGUCUGACACUCAGGCCUCCAGUCUCUCUCAGGAGGAACAGUUGGAUGCCAUCUUGUCAACAGCAGUGGAGACCAGCUCCCUGGGACUGAUCACUGGCUGUAUAAAGCAGUGGACUGCAGAAGAACAACCAGGCUCUGCAUUGAACCUGCGCUACAUCCUGGAUUGGGCCUGGAACAAAGUAGUUCAGACAAAGAAGGAACUGGACGGCAUCUGUGCACCGCUGUUUGACAGCUCCUCCAACUUUACAGACCCUCAGACCUUACAGCUGCUGCAGCACAGCCAGAGACUGCUGGGUAACCUCAGCACCAUCUUCCACUGUCUGCUCAAUGAAGCUCAGGAGCUCACACAAAAAGGUCUGAUGGGGCUGAUCAACAAGAACAUGGUGUCCAAUCUGAUUUCCAAGUACGCUCAGGUGGUCCUCUGGUUCUGUCGUACCGGCUUACUGCCCGAGGGAUCAGAUGACGAUGCUCUCCAGAUCUCCAGGCCUUUCUACACCCACUCGGUCAUCAGCAACUAUUAUACUAUACGCAGAGAGGAGCUCACCAGACUCUCUAAGGGAAAGUGGUGUGCAGACUGCCUGAUGAUUGACGGCUUGGUCGGUCAGUGUGGUGAACGCUUGACCAACCUGUGGAAAAGGGAUGAGGGUGGGACUGGGCAGUAUCCCCCACCUACACUACAUGCCUUGUUGGACAUUUAUCUGCUGGAAAACAUUGAUGAAACUGCCAAACAUUCAAUCGUUAUUUACCUGUUGCUGGAUGUCAUGCACUCCUUCCCCGACAAGGACGGAGCAUCAGUGCACUCUUUUCCCUCAGCCUUUUCAAUCCCUGUUGGGCUGGUGAAACUAGUACAGGGCCUUUGGUUGCUGGACCAUCACGGCCAUCAGAGUUCAUUUGAGCUGCUCCUGCAUCCAGCUGCCUCUCAGUGUCAGUUUGAGUGGCAACACGAGCGUGUCCUGAACGCUCUCAUGUGCCAGGGCCAGCACUCGAUCGCUCUGCGAUAUUUCCACAUCACAAAGCUCCCGAUUUCCUCCACCUCCCAGGCCAAACUCUGCCUCUCUGUACUGCUACACAACAGGUGUCUCAUAGAGGCGUGGUCUUUAGUUCGGCAGCAUUCUAACCGCCUCAAUAUGGCUGAGCUGAUGGGCUUCCUGUACGAGAGCUGCCAGGAGCUUGGCCUAAUCAAGGAGCUGCUCAAACUGCCCCUUGGCCUAAGUGAACAGGAGUGUUUGGAGAAGUUUCUUCAGAGCACAGGAGGUCUCCAAAACAGAGAAUUACUGAUGGUUCAUUACCUCCAACAGUCCAACUACAUACCUGCUCUGCAGCUCAACCACAGCCUUAAAAUGGAUCUAAUGAAUGAGCGAGACCCAAAGCUGAAAGAACGAAUCAACACCAGGAACUCUAUAAUGGAUCAGUAUGGGAAAGUUUUGCCAAGAGUCCAGAGGAAACUGGCAAUGGAGAGAGCCAAGCCCUACCAACAUCCAUACACCAUUCACAGAGAGGUUUCUCGACCGCAGCCACUGUCGACUAUCACCAAACGCUCUGCCAGUGAGAAAGUGAUGUCCAGGGCUGGAUUUAUCAACAGCGUCCUGACCAAGAUUGAGGAGGUGUGGUUAGGCAAAGAUGCAACACCACAGUCCUCCCCAUCAAACAACUUCCGGGCAGCUGCUAUUCGGAGUCCAAGCCCCAGGUCCUCGUCUUCAGCUCUUCCUGAUCCCUUCCUCAGAACUCCCAUCAACAUGACCUCCAAACGAAAGUCAAGGCUGAUGGACUUGGUGGUUCAACCCACCUGUCAGAGCCCUCAGCCACUUCUCAGCACCCCCAGACCCCCAAGCUCAUGGGUUUCUCCAAAGAGCAUCAGCAAAGCACCUGAACUUAGUCUACUGCAAACACCACAGGUCGUCAAGCGAGCUCGGGCCUUGGCUGCCUCUGGCCCGGUGUUCUCAGCCUUCACCCCACAGUCCAUCCUCCGCAGCAGCCUGAGGCCAACACCUGUCGCCACCCCUUCUGCUUCUCCAAGGCGCUCAAUCACCCCACCGCUCCGCAGCAAAGAGAGCCGCAUCACUUUCAUCGAAGAAGCAGAAUCUCCUGAACCAGAGAAGGGCAUCAGAUGGACCAAUGGGAUCGCAGCAGACAGUGAGAUCAGCUUGCUGACCAGAAGCCCAAUAAUGUCAAGGGCUACAGCUAAAAGCUGGUCUUCACAGCCAGCUGAUGAGGAAGAGGAUGCAGAUGAGGAAAGGGAACAACCUCAUGUGACGUUCUUGCCUCCUGAAGGCGGGGUCCCCUCACCUCAACUGAGAGGCUCUGAGAGUGAGUCAUCCUCCAUCCAUGAAGCUGUAGAAACCAAACCGUCAGAUUCAACGCAAGCUCAAAUCAGCCUGAGCUUUGACACCAGUCAGACAUCUGUCCAGUCAAUAGACACCACCCUCGAGUUCUAUGAUGCACCUUUAUCACAAGAACAGGAAAUAGAGGAAGAGCACGUAGGCACAGAGGAAGAUGAAGAGGUAGUGACACUAAACAUUAAAGCUUCAACUGAAAAUGAGGAAACAGAGGAGACGCACUCACCAGCCACUGAGCCAUCCCCAGUUCAGACGUCAGAGAAUAUAGAGAAGGAAGAAGAGGAAGCACAGGAAGAUGAAGUUAUGGAGAUUGGUCUUGAUGAGGAGGUGGAAAAUGAAGAAGAUGUUCUGUCUGAAAAGGAGGACGAACAAGAUGUUGAGUCAAGUAGCAAAGAAGAUGCUGCAACUAUUGACCACGAGGAGACACCUAGUCAAGUGUUUAACCUGGUAACUGAGAUCACAGACUCUGGAACAGAGGUCGAAUCUCAGGAUCAACCAGCGAUCCCCCCCGAACAGGAAGUCCUGGCAAUCGUCACUGAAUCCAUAGAGGUCACCCAGCAUCUGAAACCUUUAGAAGAUGCAAACGAACCCGAGGAGGAUCUGGAACAAUCAACAGAUCUGACUGAGUUUGUGCAGCAGCAGCUGUUUGGCAGCGACCUGUCUCCUCCACUCACCCGCUCAGGAAUUCACAAUGCAUCACAGAUGCAGAUGUCAUUCGACAGAGAGUCACUAGGUGAGGUUGAAGAGGAGGAGCAGGCAGCUGUCGAACCUCCCACACUUUUCACCAGCCAGAAAUCAAACACCUCUGUGACUUCCUCUGAGCCGACUGGCACGGACUCCCACUCUGUUGUGAGUGUAAAUGACAGUGAAGAACUCUCUAGCCCUGUGUCUGAGGAGGAAGAAGAUGAUGAUGAUGAUGAUGAAGAAGAGGAGUCUGAUCAAGCUGAGGAGGAAGAAGAGGAGGAGGACUCUGGUAGUGAGGUGGAGAUCAUUGAGGAGGUGCAGGGCAAUGGGAGGCUGCCACCCCUCAAAGCUAGUUCAGUGUUUGUACAACAAGGACACGAGCACUUCCUGCCGAGUCUGUCGGAGCAGGAGGCUGCGGAGUUCUCCCUGAUCCCACCCGGAGCAGAGAUGAAGAUUGUAGAGGAAGACAUGGAGGGUGAUGUGGUGAUGGUGAGACUCGGGGAGAAUGAAGACGAGAUGGAGGUAGAGGAGGACGAGGAGCAGGGCUCAUCAUACAUGGAGCUUAAACCCUCCACCACUCUUAUGGUUCCUCUUGAACUUGUGGAGGGACAACACGGCCUGGUUGAUAGUGCUCAGCUGGAUCUUCCUGUGAUCCAUCAAAUGGUUGUGCCAGACAACCCAGAGAAUGAUACUCACUGCGACUUCUCUCUGAUGCUCGAUAUGGACGAGGUUGAAAAUAAAGAGGCGGACAAGCUACCUAUUGAGAAUGAUCUGCCUCCCUCCGAUCUCUCCACCCAGCCUCCAGUAGAGGAGGCUAGUGAGGAGCUUGUGGUCAAACCUGAUGUUAUUCUUUUGGGAACAGAUGACCAGGAUACACCCCUGUCUGAGGAAGUAUUACUAGAUGACCAGAGGUUAGAGAUGGACAUCCUAGAUUCAGAUGAGGUUGAUGGACUGACAGAAUCAGAACCUGUAGAAUUCCAAACUGACCAACAGGCUGAAGACACUGAUGCAACUCAGGAGAAAAAUGUGCUGGAGGAUUCUGAGUUGGUAAUGCUGGUUGAAGAUCCUGAACCUACACCAACUCCAGUGGGAGAACUCUCAACAGUUGUGGACGACGAUGAGUCUGAGGCCAAAAAAGAUGCUAUUGAUGAGAAGCGAGAGGAGGAGGAGGAUACACCAGAACCCGAGAACCAAGAAGAACCUGAAGAGAAGGGGCCUGUUAUUAAAGAUGCAGAGAUUGUACCCAGUACAGAGAUGGUGCCUGCUAUGGAGGAGUAUCUGCAGGACAGCAGAGUCUUGGAAACAGAAGAGCUUACCAGAGAGGAAGUCACAGUAGAGGAGGAAACCAAAAAUGCUAUAGAAGAGCUCAACAGAGAGGAAAGCGCAGAAGAGGAUGAAACAAAACAGACGAUAGAAGAGCUCAACACAGAUGAAAUCACAGAAGAGGAGGAAACAAAAAAUACCAUAGAAGAGCUCAACAGAGAGGAAAUCACAGAAGAGGGGGAAACAAAAAAUACUAUAGAAGAGCUCAACACAGAAGAAAUCACAGAAGAAAAGGAAACAAAAAAUACCAUAGAAGAGCUCAACAGAGAGGAAAGCGCAGAAGAGGAGGAAACAAAACAGACGAUAGAAGAGCUCAACACAGAGGAAAUCACAGAAGAAAAGGAAACAAAAAAUACCAUAGAAGAGCUCAACAGAGAGGAAAUCACAGAGGAGGGGGAAACAAAAAAUUCGAUAAAAGAGCUUAACAGAGAAGAAAUCACAGAAGAAAAGGAAAUGAAAAAUACGAUAGAAGAGCUCAACACAGAGGAAAUCACAGAAGAGAAGGAAACAAAACAGCAUAUAGAAGAGCUCAACAGAGAGGAAAUCACAGAAGAGGAGGAAUCAAAAGGUACCAUAGAAGAGCUCAACAGAGAGGAAAUCACAGAAGAGGAGGAAACAAAAGUUACCAUAGAAGAGCUCAACAGAGAGGAAAUUACAGAGGAGGAGGAAACUAAAAAUAAUAUUGAAUACCUCAACAGAGAGGAAAUUACAAAAGAGGAGGGAACAACAAAGAAAAAGAGGGGGAGACCAAAAGGAAAAAAAAAUGAAAAGACACCUGUGAAACAGGUCUUGAUCUCAAAUUGCGAGCCAGAGGAACAUCCUGUACCGGAGACCCCCACUUCCCAAAAGGAGACGACUCCUUCCACCCCAACACGGAGAACAACAAGAGGGAGGAGAGCUGUCACUUUUAUCUCGCCUCUACAAGAGGAAACAGAGGAAGUUGUGGAGUCAGAGAUGAGGGAGGUCCCUGCCACACCUCGUCAGACUCGUACACCCAGAAAAACCAAUGUCCAAGCCAGCCCGCCUCGAAGAAGUACCCGCAAAGCUCUGCCAGAGCCUCCUAAAGACAAGGAUGAAGACGAGGAGGCCGUGGACAUCACAACGACAUCAACCUCCAAGGCCUCUUCUCCAGCCAGACGACCGGUUUCCCAGAGGACUUCUUCAACAAGGACCACCCAAAAGACCCAGACUGGCAGUAAGGAGCCGCCUACAGCUACAGAAUUUGAGUUUAAGAAGGAAGAGGACCUAGACAAAGAGUUCACACAGAUAAAAAUUGGUCGAAGAACGAGCUCCAAGACUCUUACUUCUUCCAAACCUAGCAGCACACAGGGCAACACUCCUCGAAAGAGCAGUCGCAGGAUACUGAGCAGCAGUGAGUUGGAGACCUCAACAUUGGAGAUCUUGGAAGAGGAGAACGUACAGGAAGAAGUUUUUGCUCCCCCUUUCAAACGCAGCUCCAGAAAGAUGAAGAUGGAGGCGUCUGAGACGCAACCAGCACUGCUGGUGGAGGAAGAGGUGGGGGAGAGACGCCAACCUCCCAGCCCUGGCAGGACGACUCGACAGUCCAGCCGGGUCUCCCUGAAUGUUUACCCACAGGUGAAACUGGUUCCUAUAUCACUUCCUCAGAGUGCAGGAAAUGCAAGCCAAGGGACAAUUAAAACUGAAAACAUAAGAGAAAGCCAAGACCUACCCGAGUCCGAGCAUAACGGCAACGCCAGUCGCACCAACUCCCGUCGACCAACCAGGAGCAAACUGUGGGACAACCCUGAGGAAGAUCUCCCCUUGUUGGACUCUCCAUUAGAGGUGGAUUCUGAAAUCCCUGUGGCAGAUGCCCUCAUCAAGAGACUGCAGGAUGAGGAGAAGCAGGAAGGAGGAGGAGUUGUCUCAAAGAUGGUGAGAAACCGCAAGAGGAGUAUGAAGUCGUCGACGGAGCAGGUUGACAUCCUGGUUCCUGAACCCGCUGAGGACGAAUCCAGUCCAGGCGAGCACUCAAUCAUCUACUCCCCCUCACGAAGGAGAACAAGAGCCUAUAGAGAAGAGUAUUCUGGCCCAAGUGAAGAGACUCCAGCUCCUGUCACUCGCAGCAGGCGACGAGUCCAAAGUGUUGAUCCUCAGGAUGCAGCUGCCUCAGAAGAAGAUAACGUGGAAGUGGAGAAAGCAGCGGGUGUUCCUAAAACCAGAAAGACGGGCAAACAAACAGCCAAGUCCAAAGGCGUUUCAGAGCCACCCCCCACAGCCGAGGUGGACCUGAUCUCGCCUCUGCCCAGCCCGGCCGAUCCACUCCCACGAACGCAGAAGAGGGUAAAAGGAGGAGAGGUCGCGACCUCGGGCAUGAACCUGCGACGCAAACGCAUAAUGGAGACCGUUUUCACAAAACCCGUCACCCGCAGGAAGAAGCUGUAGGGGGUCGGCGGUGUCUUUUAACCAGUGAACCUCAGACAGCCGCCUCAAGAUUUAAACCAAGUCGGUGUAAAAAACAAAACGAACUAUGUCCUCGAAUGCUUCAAAGCUGCAGUCGUCUUUGUAUGUGGACGUUUCCGUGUAGGACAAUAAAAUAAAAGCAACGAGAGGAUUUAUUUUUGGAGUUUACUUGUCCCGCUCGUACUAACUUGAUUUCACUUGAUAUUGUGUCUGUGGCCAUUUUGAUCUUUGUAAUCGGCUUAAUUGUCUGAGCACAGAACGAACGAGGGAACGUAAUCACUGAAGGUUUUUAGCAGCGACGGCUCAUAAAACCCAGAGACUGAAGAGAACCUUCCUCUGAUGAAGGUUUUAUUUACAUUCUCUUAAAUUUUAAGGUUUUUUUUUCUCUGUUUACUUUUAAGACUUUGAUGCCUGCUGUUUUUUCUAUUUAAGAAGAAAAGCAACCAACCCAGUGGAGAUGAAACAUUUCUACUGCUAUUGUAUAUAGUUUUUUUGCUAUGUUCCAAAUAAAGAUAUUAAAUAAAUUCAAAGAAUUAUUUUCAUUUUGCAUUCGAUCAUUUAAGCAGGCUGCCUAUGCCACAGUCUUAAAGUACAGUUGAUUUGGGAGGUUUUCUGUGAACCAAGCAAAGACUUGUACACUAUUCCCAACAGAAGUGGACUGUUUUGUACGUUAUGGGGAUGUUGUAUAUUGUGGAAGAGGGGGGGGGGGGGACUUGCACAGCAUUUGGAGUUGCUCAACUUGUUUUGGGAUUUGUUAAUAGGCUUGUUUGAUUAGAUUUACACCAUCUGUCACACAGGCUAUUUUCUGAUGAAUGUACGUAGAAUGUCUUAUUUUUGAUGACCUCUCUUUGAUAAAUAUGGCAAUGCUUGAAAACUUA